AUGGAGGUGCCUCUGCAGACAGAGAUGGUGGAGCUGGUGCCCAAUGGCAAACACAUGGAGGGGCUGCUCCCAGUCAGCACACCCACAGCAGGCAACCAGAGAGCUGAGGACUCUCGACAGAGCUGUGUGGAAAGUAAGGGCUUCCUACAGAAAAGCCCCAGCAAGGAGCCACACUUCACCGAUUUCGAGGGGAAGACGUCGUUUGGGAUGUCAGUGUUCAACCUCAGCAAUGCCAUCAUGGGCAGUGGCAUCCUGGGACUCGCCUAUGCCAUGGCCAAUACAGGCAUCAUCCUUUUCCUGUUCCUAUUGACGGCCGUGGCCCUCCUCUCUAGCUAUUCCAUCCACCUGCUUCUCAAAUCCUCAGGAAUUGUGGGCAUCCGCGCCUAUGAGCAGCUGGGCUACCGUGCCUUUGGAACUCCUGGAAAGCUGGCAGCAGCCCUGGCCAUCACACUGCAGAACAUUGGAGCCAUGUCCAGCUAUCUGUACAUCAUCAAAUCUGAGCUGCCUCUUGUCAUACAGACAUUCCUGAACCUGGAGGAGAAGACCUCGAUCUGGUACAUGAAUGGGAACUACCUGGUGAUCCUGGUGUCCGUCACUGUCAUUCUGCCCUUGGCACUGAUGCGGCAGCUUGGCUAUUUGGGCUACUCCAGUGGCUUCUCUCUCAGCUGCAUGGUGUUCUUCCUAAUUGCUGUCAUCUACAAAAAGUUCCAAGUGCCCUGUCCCCUGCCUCUCAACUUAGCCAACGUCACUGGCAACUUCAGCCACACAGAAAUCCUUGAGGAGAAAGUGCAGCUGCAAGGAGAACCUGAGGCUGCUGCCCUCUGUACCCCGAGCUACUUCACACUCAACUCACAGACAGCAUAUACCAUACCCAUCAUGGCCUUCGCCUUCGUCUGCCACCCUGAGGUGCUGCCCAUCUACACAGAGCUCAAGGACCCCUCCAAGAGAAAGAUGCAACAUAUCUCCAACCUGUCCAUUGCCGUCAUGUACGUCAUGUACUUCUUGGCUGCUCUCUUCGGCUACCUCACCUUCUACGACGGGGUGGAGUCAGAGUUGCUGCACACCUACAGCAAGGUGGACCCAUUUGAUGUUCUGAUCCUGUGUGUACGCGUGGCUGUGCUGACAGCUGUCACACUCACAGUGCCGAUUGUUCUGUUCCCGGUGCGCCGUGCCAUCCAGCAGAUGCUAUUUCAGAAUCAGGAGUUCAGCUGGCUGCGGCAUGUGCUCAUUGCGACUGGUCUGCUCACGUGUAUCAACCUGCUGGUUAUCUUUGCCCCCAACAUCCUGGGCAUCUUUGGGAUCAUCGGUGCCACAUCUGCCCCAUGCCUCAUUUUCAUCUUUCCUGCCAUCUUCUACUUCCGAAUCAUGCCCACUGAGAAGGAGCCUGCAAGAUCCACCCCCAAAAUUCUGGCCCUUUGCUUUGCUGUUCUUGGCCUCUUGCUGAUGACCAUGAGCUUGAGCUUCAUCAUCAUUGACUGGGUCUCAGGAACCAGCCAGCAUGGAGGAAACCACUAGGAUGACCCCAAACCGUUUCGUUUAAUUAUCCUAGUGCCCCUGCCUAGACUCUCCAGCCCCUGCUUCCAUCCAGUGGCUAGUCAGGGGGAGAAAGAUAGGGGAGACAGGCAUGGAAAAUACUAUAGCAUUUGGCCCCGCCCAUGUCCUCUCCAUGGAAGGUUUUUGUUAAAGAACCAGGACCAAGGCCCUGGGGCACUACCUACAGGGCUCCCAAGCUUUAGAGGCUUCCUGAGCUGUGAACAGGGUGGGGUUAUUGCCUCAGAUCCCACUCAAAUCCCUCAUCUCCCUGGCAGAGUUGCAUAUGCUGGGGCCCAACAACUGCUUCCUGAGGUCACAGCCUAGGGGCACACAGAGCUAGAACCCAGGCCUGCAGUCAUUCUUCCACUCUGCUGCAAGGUUAGGGUCUGCACCCGAGGCCUCAUCUCCUCCAUCCCACUUGCUUUCACUCCCUCUAUCCCUUUGGCCCCUUUUGGACACUUGGGCUCAGGCCCUUGAAUACUCUUAUUCUCUUUUCCCAUCCCUUCCAUGAGAGUAGACCCCAUCCAUAGCUGGGGCCACAAGGUUAUGCUGAGGAUAGGGCUAGCAUGGGUCCCCCCAAGGAACCCUAGCCUUGUCCCUUCACCAGUCCUGGGGAGGCUGGGACUCCCCCACCCCAAGCCUGGAUCAUAGCUCACAUUCCACUGCUGGGAGACGAGGGACCAAGCCUAGAGUGUCCUGCUCCUGGGAGCCAAAGACCCCAAGGGCCAGAAUGGGAUAGGGCUGGGAAGGACUGGCAGCCCCCUUUUAUAAAUACACAUAAGACCAGCUGUGUUUUAUAUUCUUGGUUUCUACAGUCCCUGGGUCCCUAGAAAGUGGGAUAGGGUCAGGACACGGAUAGUGAUGGAGAGCCCCCUGUCUCCUCGCCUGGAUGAAGGUGGAGACAGGGCAAGACCCCCACAUACCCCUUCUCCUGCCUCCCAGUACAACUAAUGGCAUGCUCAGAUCCAGCUCUGGGCCUGGGCCAAGCUCAACACAGACCUGCUUUCUCACGGGGUGAGGUGGGGAGGAAUUAAUGAGGCCCCAGGAAGUGGGACAGAGAGAGGCCUCCGGAAGGAGGCAACGUGAGGUGCAUCCCCAGCAGCUUCACAGAGGGUCUGAGUUGGGGGCAGCUGAGCCCUGAAGAAGCACCAGGAAGGGCCUCUUGCCCUCCCCUGGCUCCGAGGCUGCCAGGUUAACCCUCUGUCAAUGCCUUGAGUCUAGGGACAAAAGUCCAGGGAUCCUAUGCUCCAUUGGGCUGAUCUUUUUAUUAACAGUAAAAUCAACUGUGAAUAAAGGUGGGUUAGUGAGUUCCUAUGUGUGGGGCUCUGAGUGGCAGUGGGGGAGGGGGUGGCAGUCCAAGGCAGGGCAGGGGCUGCAAGGAGGCCCCAGGUGUCCUGGCCCAGUGGCACUGGGAAGCUGUCCAUCGCCUUAGGCAAACCUAAACCAGCUGCAACACAGCAGGAUGGAGCUGUCCAGGCCUUGGCAUCAAACCCUCAUUAGGAGAGACCCUGCACCAUGCUAGGCCACCAGAGAAAGGACAGCAGGAAAAAUCUAGUUUGAACUAGCAAGGCAGCUGCCAGCCUGGGAAACUCCUGAAAAAAGAACUUCCUCAAGCUGGUGGCUGCUUGGCCCAUAGCAGUACCAGCUGAGUAGAGGGGGGCUUCCUGAAUCCCAUUCCCACCAUCUCCAGGCACCUGACUCCAGCCUGGAAACUCACCCAGAAGACCUGUGGCCACAGGAAAGAGCUGAACACUAGCCUAGAGGUGGAUGGAGCCUAGGGUGCCCUGUCAUGAGGAGCUACCCUCUGGAUUUCUCAGGCCUGUUCUCCAUCAGAUGGGGCCAGAGCCCUGUCUGGAACCCUUGGCUGCUGGGGAGUCAGGGGCAACAAGAGGCAGAGUCUGUCCUGCUAAUAGGCCCAGGGGAUCUUUUCACAUACUUUUUCCAUCCAAAGAGCGCUGUAGGAUAGAGCAUCAUCAAAACACCAGGCUGGUGGGAUUUGCUAACAGUAGCUACCCACUCCCCAACACAUAUAGUACUGGAUUGAGAGGGACCCUGGCCUCCAAAGGCCUCUUCUAGCCUGAUCAGGGGACAACAGCUCCAGCAAAGAGAGGACAGGUGAUGUAACCACUGCACUAGAUUCCAAAGCCAUGUGCCCAUAGACUAUGUGAAAUUGAGUAUCCCUUGUCUCUGGCUGUCAAAUUCUAGCCAUUCAGCCUCCAUGAGGAUGGGUUUUCAGGCCCUUGGGCCUUAUUAAGCAUUUUUAAAUGUUUUGAAGAAUUUCCCAGUUUUUUCCUCCCCCUUUAUACUUUAAAAAUCUUGUUC